AAAUCAAUUAACUUUGCGGCAGUGAAAAUCAUAAUUAGUUUUUAACUUAUUCGUUAUAUUUUCACCGGUAUAAAACUAAAAAUGCUCGGUAUAAAAAUGAAAUAUCCACAUUUCUAUACUUUGCUGUUUACUUUAUUAGUAAACUUGUUAUACUGCAUUUGUCAGGAGCACAGACUAAAUGACUGGGUGAAUUCCAACAACUGCCUCCCAAACGCACCGGUGAACCUCGACUUGUGCAUAUGCCAGUGUUCAGAUGUUACUGCCGCUCUUCGCUCUUCGCCGGACUUACAGUUGGAGGUCUCAAGAAGGCUUCAAAAUAGGCGAAGGAACGGAAAGGAUUCAUAUACUAUAAAGCCCUACACCCCAGGGGUUAUCAAGUGCUGGGAGACCUGCGCUGACACUCUACUUUAGUUCAAUACAUUUAUAACAUUUUUUUUCGUAAUGAUGAAAUAUUAAGCAAAG